CUUCAUGCUCUUACCAAAAAAAAAAAAAAAAAAAAGAACCUUCAUGUUUCUGCAAAUGCAAUAGCAAAUAGUAGUGAGCGAUGAACAUGAAGGAAUGAUCAAUGUCCUCUCAGGAGCAAGCCCUAGUUUCCCUUUUGUCCCAGCUAGCCCUAUCCUGCGACGGCGCUGUCUUGGGGUUGGCCUUGGCUUACGCCGCCGUUCGCUCCCUCCUCAAAUUCACCGCCACCUCCGCCGCCCUCGGCAAGCUCCGCCACGCCCCUUCACUCUCCGUCUCCGACCUCCGAUCGCUCCUCUCCGAGAGCACCUCCGACGCUGACGGAAAUUCCGACGACGGAACAAUCGUAAUUGUCCGUGGCACCGUCGACGCCAAGUCUGCCGUCGACGGCAGCUGGAAAACCUUGAGGCCCGGCGUCUUGGUUUCUCGCGAGUCCGGCGACAAAGGUGUCGUCCUUCAAAGAACUCAAACGUGUAUAUACAAUGAAUGGAAGGGCUUAUUUGGAUGGACUUCUGAUCUCCGAGCCAUAUUUGCAAGAUCUUGGAGAAAACAAGAGUCCACGUCCUUAAGAAAGGUUCCUUUUGUUCUCAUUGAUGUAGGAUGGCGGACGAAUCCUGAAUAUGUUGUUGUCAACUUGGAUGGCUCAAGACAUCCAUUGCCGUUGACAACAGUUUAUCAUAAAUUGCAACCCAUAAAUGCUUCUCCUUAUACUUUCUUGCAAGCACUUUUUGGGCAUGAAUAUCCGGUUGGACUGCUAGAUGAAGAGAAAAUUCUUCCUUUGGGGAAGGAUAUCAGUGCCGUUGGCCAUUGCAGUUUAAGAAAUGGAAUUGCUGAAAUUAGAUCAUGCAAAGAUCUACCAUAUUUUCUGUCUGAGUUGAGUAAAGAUCAGAUGGUUGUAGAACUUUCCUUCAAAACAAAAAUACUUUUUUGGGGUGGUGUUCUACUUGGUUCAAUGUCAGUUGGGAUCCUUGGCUAUGCAGUUGUGAGGAACUGGAAUAAGUGGAUGCAGUGGAAGCAACAGAGACAGCUCCAGCAACAAAGGCAGGCGGUCAGUGGUGAUGUUGAUCCUCAGGUGGAUGACGUGGUUGAAGAUGUUCCAGACGGACAAUUAUGUGUUAUAUGCCUGAUGAGGAGAAGGCGUUCUGUUUUCAUUCCUUGUGGGCAUCUUGUAUGUUGCCAAGGGUGUGCCAUAUCUGUUGAACGUGAAGUGGCACCCAAGUGUCCAGUUUGUCGUCAGGAGAUUCGAGAUUCAGUGCGGAUUUUUGAAUCUUGAAUAGACACGGGCUGAUUGUUCUGUUCACUGUGGCAGGAGGGUUUCAUGCCUGAUGAGGUGCAGAAUGAUUGCUUUUUUGCUGCCAGCACAUGAAUUUAUCUGGUGUAGAUAUUUGAAUAUGGCUUAAAAAGGUUGAUCGAGGUUAAUUCGUUUUGUGGAACCUCUUAGGAUUUUCAAUCUUCCUAGUUGCGUUGUGCAUACAUAUUUAAUUUUACCUAACAUAUGCUACUAGACUGUAUAUCUUUCUUGUUACUUUUAUUACUCUCAGAUUAAAGAUAUGUGUAACCUCACGAGUACACUUUGUAAAUGCUACUUAAAAAUUCAGCAGAUGUUUUGCGGUGAUAA